UCUCCGCCCUCAUUGGCCCGCCCGUGCUCAACUCUAGAUUCCGCCAGUGAGAGAGGGACGGAGAGUCCGGGGCACUGUUGAAGGCUGACCCGGUUCACUGACUUACAGGUCACGGCAGGACAGAGGAACAAUAAGCCCCCUGUGAGAGAUUGAAUCCGGCAGUCACAAUGGCAGACAGUGGGAAGACUAAUGAGAGUGGAGCUGCAGCAGCAGAAGCCGCUAACGGAGACCAGCAGAAUGUUGUUUCCCGAGUGAGCAACUUGCCCCUGGUCAGUUCAGCUUACGAGGUGGUUUCCAGCGCCUACAGCAGCACCAAAGACAAUGUGCCCUUGCUGAAGGGAGUGAUGGAUGUAGCAGAGAGCGGCGCCCGAACCCUGGGAGCAGCUGCCACCACUGGGUCCAAGCCUAUUCUGGACAGAAUAGAACCACAGCUUGCUACAGUAAAUGAGUAUGCCUUGAAAGGACUGGAAAAGAUGGAAGAGAAGCUGCCUAUUCUUCACCAACCGGCAGAUGAGGUCAUGUCAAACACAGUGGGUAUGAUGUACCAGUCGGUGGCAGGCGCCAAAGAUGCUGUGAUGGGGGCUUGGAUGGGUGGUGUCGAGCUGACCCGGGCAGCAGUCAGCGGAGGUAUCAGCACCGUCAUGAGCACCAGGAUGGGCCAGAUGGUCAGCAGCGGGAUGGGCCUGGCCCUCAGCCGAUCUGAGGACUGGGUUGACCAGAACCUGCCGGUCUCUGAGAGGGAGCUGGCUGCUGUGGCUGAACCUGUCACCAGUGAGGUGACUACUCCGCCGGACAGCCCCAGCUACUUUGUCCGCUUGGGGAAACUCUCUGCCAAGGUACAGGAGCGAGCCCUACAGCAAUCUCUGGUCCGUGCACGGCAUGCCAGGGAUUCCACCUAUGCUGCGGUGGCUCAGAUUACCAGUACUCUGGACCUGCUCGAGAGUGCCCGUACCAGCCUGGGUACGGCCAGUAACCAGAUAGGAGGGGCCUCAGAGCAGCUACUGCAGCGCUGGACAGAGUGGAAGGAGAAGCAGGCUGGAACUGGACAGACAGAGUCAGAGCCGGAUGGGACCAAAGAUGAAUCUGAGCAGCUGGAAUGGCGGGCUCUCUCCAUGGUCCGUGGUCUGAGUGACCAGCUGCGGUCAGCCAGCUCCAGCGUGGUUUCAAGUGCUCAGGGUCUGCCAGGUGCGGUCCAGGAGCAGCUGACCAGCGCGAGGCGAUCAGCUGAGGAGCUGCAGUCCUCUCUGGGGAACACCAGCACUCUCACACCCCUCCUUCUGGAGCGCAGCCGUCACCACCUGGCCCAAGUUCAGCAGUCUGUGGACGGUGUCAUGGAGUAUCUACUUCACAACACACCACUCAACUGGCUGGUGGGGCCCUUUGCUCCUCUGCUCACUGAAAGGGCCGAGGGAGAUGUGGCGAUGGAGCACGCUGGCCCAGACAACUAGUCCUCGAGACCUGGUUGUGUUUCUCCGUGAAUAAUCAAUUUGCUUUAACGAAAGAAGCUUCAUAUUCGUGUGAUGUUGUCUCCAUGAUUCACUAAAUUCGAACUUGCUUAACGACACUACAUUUGUGAUUUAGCGUUUAGUAGAAUAUAUUACAACUGAAUGCACUGACCCAAGGUCAUUGGGUCAUUUCUGCAAUUUGUUAUUAAUACUGGAAAAGAUUAAAAAUAUAUAUAUAUUUUUACAUCUGUUUUGCCUAAAACAAAUAAUAUAAAGCAAGUGCUAAACCACAUUUUAUUGUCCAGGCCAUUUUAGGGGCAUCCUAAGUUUUCCUUUAAAAAAAAAAAGGACACAUGAAAGCAUCUGUAGUGACGUGUUAUUCACAGUGCAUUUCAUUUGUGUUUUGAUCUGCUGGUUUUUGUUUUAAUUUCAGUUUUAUGUAUGAGAACCUUCGUGUGUUUACUGUAUGGAAGCAGCUGAAGAACUGUCAAUCAACGCUAUGUCAAUAAAUCCUGGACACUUUCAUUGUCUUUAAAGACAUUUUA